AUGGUGAUUCGUGUGCAAAAGCGCGCGAGCACAGCCGGCGAGGUCGCUGCAUCGACCUUCAAAUUCCAUCGAAAGACAGCGCGUGGUAAAGUGCGUGCUGUAGUGCGCGAGACAUACCAGCGCGACGAUGUGCCUUGUGGAUGUAUUGCGUGUGAGGCGUGUGCUUCCUUCGUUGAACACGGCACGCCACCGCCUAUCCUAGAUCAGCAUGGCACGCAGAAUACCUACACGAGAAAGAAGCAUUAUGUGGUAGUGGACACGAAUGUGAUCCUGCACCAAAUGGAUGUGCUCGAGUCUCCUGUCUUUACCAACGUGAUCAUCAUGCAGACGGUGGCAAAUGAGGUGCGGAAUCACAGCAUGCCUCUGUACAACCGCCUGCGAACUCUUCUUAUGGAUCCAGAUCGCCGGUUUUGGCUUUUUUAUAACGACUUUCAUCAAGACACGAAUGUCGUGCGUUUCGCAGACGAGUCCCCAAACGACCGGAAUGACCGUGCGAUCCGUCAGGCAGCGGCAUAUUAUACGGCGCAUCUUCGAACGCAUGCUCUUCCAGGACACGCAGAUACUACUGUGAUUGUGAGUGAAGAUGUCGAGAAUGUACACAAGGCGCGUGUCGAGGGCUUGGAGGCGUGUAGUGUACGAGAAUACAUUACUGGAUUCCAGAAUGCUGAACAGCUCUCGGAUCUGCUAUCUGCACGCACAGUCGACGAAAAUCGCGCUCCUCGGGGAUCACGCGUCUUUGAUGAAUACUGGCCAACGACGCAGCUUGAGGCAGGAUACAAGGCCGGUACGUUACAUAAAGGAUUUUUCAAUGCGAACGCCUACAACUUUUUGGAGGGUGCUGUACGCUCUGAGGCUCUGUCCAAGCCCAUUUUGCUACAGGGACGGGAGGCUAUGAAUCGUGCUGUCGAUGGAGAUGUCGUGUACGUUGCACUCUUGCCCCAAAGUGAAUGGAAAGGUGCGUCGGAUGCCGUGCUGGAAGCCGAGUCAGCACAACGAAACGACGAUGCACGCGACAGUGAUAAUGAAGAUGAGGACGUUGGGCUGGAAGCGCAACCCGAAUCGAGCGGUGGGGAUACGCAGCCAACAGGCCGUGUUGUCGGUAUUGCGCGCCGCAACUGGCGCUCCUAUGUCGCGCAUAUCGAUGCAAGCUCUGUGAACGAGCGUGCUUUGGCGACUUUGGGUCCCCAGACGCUCUUUGCCUCGCCUGUGGAUCGCAAAAUACCCCGCAUCAAGAUUCGUACGCGCCAGGCGCAGGCGUUAUUGGGUUGCAAGAUUUUGGUGACAAUGGACGAAUGGAAGAGUACGUCGCGCUACCCCGAAGGUCACUUUGUUCGCUCGCUUGGUGCUAUUGAAAGCAAGGAAGCGGAGCAAGAAAGUCUGCUCUUAGAGUUUGACGUGCCGUACCGGCCAUUCAGCAAGUCCAUUUUGGCGUGUUUGCCAUCUGAAGGUGACCACUGGACGGUCCCGCCGAAAGGUGAGCAGGACGCACGAUCGCUGGCCAUUUGGCGUGACCGUGUGGAUAUGCGGGCGGAAAAUAUAUGCAGUAUUGACCCACCGGGGUGCCAGGACAUUGAUGAUGCAUUGCACGCCAAGCGCCUGCCGAAUGGCAACAUUGAGGCAGGUGUGCACAUCGCUGACGUAUCUUUUUUUGUGCGACCAGACACUCCGAUGGAUGCCGAAGCAGCGUCGCGAGGUACCACCGUGUAUCUUGUUGACCGACGCAUUGACAUGCUUCCCCACCUUCUUGGUACGAACUUGUGCUCGCUGCGUCCAUUCGUGGAGCGCCUUGCCUUUAGCACGGUGUGGGAGCUAACACCCAGUGCUGAGGUCGUGAAUGUGCGGUUUUUCAAGUCGGUCAUUGCAAGCAAGGCUGCGUUCACGUAUGAGGAAGCCCAGAACCGCAAGGACGAUCUGUCGUUGAAUGAUGCCAUAACAGAGAGCAUUCGCCUGCUGAAUGACAUGGCCAUCAAACUGCGCAGGGGACGUAUGGAGGCCGGCGCUCUGAAUCUCGCGAGUCCCGAGGUGCGAAUCCAUCUCGAUAGUGCUGAGUCGUCGGCGCCUAUUGAUGUUGAACAGAAGGAAAUGCGCGAGACCAAUAGCCUUGUCGAGGAGUUCAUGCUUUUGGCGAAUACGAGCGUGGCGCGUCGCAUUUAUGAGGCAUACCCCACUACCGGUGUGCUUCGUCGACACGCACCGCCACCGGCGGACAACUUUGAGACGCUUCAGGACAUUCUCAAAAAGCGUCGUGGCAUGGAUCUCGAUGUGUCAUCGUCUGGCGCCCUCGCUGCUUCGCUGGAUCGCUGUGCUGAUACGCGCGACCCAGCAUUUAAUACACUUGUGCGCAUCCUGGCGACGCGGUGCAUGCUUUCGGCUGAAUACUUCUGUACGGGCAGUGUGCCUCGUAAUAGCUUCGGACAUUAUGGUCUGGCCAUGGAUAUGUAUACGCAUUUUACGUCACCGAUUCGUCGGUACGCAGAUGUGCUAGCGCAUCGCCAACUCGCUGCGGCUAUUCAGUACGAGCCUCUGCCAUCGAAUCUGUACAGCAAGCACUAUGUCGACCAGGUGCUGGAUAAUGUCAACAAGCGGCACCGCCUUGCUCAGAUGGCUGGGCGGGCCUCGGUGGAAUUCUUUGUGGGUCUGGCUAUAAGCGCCAAAAAUGCAGAGCAAGGCGUGGACGCUACCAAGGUCGGUCAGGAGCGCCUGCUGCGGGCAGAUGCGUAUGUUGUACGCACGUUCCGGAAUGGACUGGCCGUGUUUGUGAACAAGUACGGCCUCGAAGGUGUGAUAACCUUCCCAGGCGAAUGCCAGUUUGACCCAGACGAGUACCAGGUCACGAUCCCGGCGUCACUCUCCCAGCUGGGCCGCGAUGUGACGCUUGGCAUAUUCGACCGCUGUACGGUCGAGAUCGGCAUCGAAAAAGACCGCAACACGAAACGUGGGCGAACAAAAAUGGUGCUUGUCUAA